AUGGCAGCCUUCCCGCUGCGACGAGAACACUUCGAGAUUGCGAUCAUCUGCGUGUUGAAAAUCGAAGGCGAUGCGGUCGAGGCUCUCUUGACGGAGACCUUCAGCGGUCUAGGAAAAGCUGAGCAUGACGAGAACUUCUACACUACUGGUAUCCUCGGGGGGAAACCGAUUGUUCUCGUCGCACCCCGCGGCAUGGGCACUCUGAACGCCGCAAAUGCUGCUAGAGAUAUGCGCCAGAGUUUCACCAGGAUCAAGCUGGCGCUUGUGACUGGUGUCGCUGGUGGUGCAACAUCUACACCUGAAGGAGACGAGAUACUGCUCGGAGAUGUUUUGAUUAGCACCCAAAUCCUCCAGUCUGACUUCGGACGAAACUACGCUGAUGUUGUCAAGAUCAAAGACGGGCUUGCAGAUACCCUUGGGCGGCCGAGGCAAGAGCUUGCAAACUUCCUGAAUCACCUUCAAAGGAGCAAGUGCGUUCAAGUCUUGACAAAGCGAAUCAAUGAGUACAUUACGGAAGACUGUUUGGUGGACGUUCCGUAUCCUGGCCAUGGAAACGAUCACCUUUUCCCUUCUGACUACCCACAUCGGCAUCGAGGCGACCACUUGGCAUGUAUAUGCGAGGUUUGUACAAGUGCAGGUGAUCCCGUCUGUGACGAAGCUCAGGAUUCAAAGUGCGACGCCCUGCACUGCGAUAUUGGCACAUGUGUUCGUCGGAGAAGGAUCCAGGACUGCCAAGAGCCAGUCGACAUCAGAAGCGGUCUUUCGCAACAACAGAUACUUCGGAGACAGAACGCAAACCCAGUGAGUGGGCCUGCACUGCCCGCACAAAUACACUUCGGAAUCAUCGCAUCGUCGAGUCAAGUGCUCAAAAACUCGAAACUCCGAGAUGAGUUGGUCACGACGAGAAAUGUGAUCGGAUUUGAGAUGGAGGGUGCUGGGUGUUGGGACACCUUCCCUACGAUUGUUGUGAAAAGCGUGUGCGACUACGCCGACAGCCACAAGAACAAGCAGUGGCAGUCGUACGCCAGUGCCAUGGCUGCAUGCUGCGCAAGAGGGAUUGUUGAAGAAUGGCAAACUUCCCAGACCAUGACUAACAGCUCGAGAUCCGGAAGGCCAUUCUGA